AUUCAAAUUUUACGACAGAACCACUUUGUCGCAUUUUCUCAUGUCGUAAAUUUCUGUCUCUGCCACUGUUACCCGCUUCAUCGAGGCUGUUUAGAUAGAAUCACUGCGGCGUUCUAAAACAGCGAAAAAUCAGUUUGCCUUAUCGUCAUAUUGUUGGCCCUUUAUAUUUUGUGCUUUAAAAAAAAGGUUUUUUGUGAUUUUCGUUAUAUUAGAACAAAAGUAUGCAAAAAGGUGGAUGGAUAAUUGGGAAAAACGAUGAAGCGUGUUACAUUGACAUUGACGAUGAAAUCGAUUUGGAUGACCCGGACCACGAAUAUUCAAAUUGGUGUAAUCUGCCAGACAUACUCUUGGAGCAAAUUUUUUCUCACUUAUCCGUGAAGGAUCGUUAUUAUGCCAGCUUAGUUUGUCGAAAUUGGUACGAGGCAUUUUAUUUACCGCAAGUUUGGUCAAAUUUUUUUGUGGAUGACCAAACGUUAACACGAGCAAAAUUUAAUUACUAUUCGGGAUGGCAAUACGUUUUAGAUCAUUUUCGCACACAGAACUGUUUAAAUCGAAUCGGCACAUUCAUCAGAGGCUUGGAUUUUCGACCGUUGCACAGUUUCAACAAUUUAUAUCAAUUUAUGACGUUAAUAUCGUGGUAUAUGGAUCAGGGACGGAAAAAUGGCGGUAGUAAUACGGUACAAAUUGGGGAUAAAAUCAACGCGUUGAACUACUUGUUUCCAUGUAAUAUGGCAGCAACAAACGAUCCGGAAGGAAUUAAAUUAUUCGGAACUGGGGGUCAACUGCUUGCUGCCUUAAAACGACUUCUAUCCAACUUGACACAUUUAAGAACUUUAAAAUUAAUUGACUUAAUGCUUGAACGAUACGAUGCCAAGCAUUUACUGGACGAAGUCUUAAAUUCGUGCUGCUUGGUACUGAAAGUUUUACAUUUGGUGAAUGUAACAACGGUGCACUGUCCAAUUAUGCAUAUCGGACUGUUUCUGAAUUUGCAGAUACUCGUUAUAUCUCCACAAAAUAUCGAUGACGACGUUCUAAUUCUAUUAGCCGAUUCCCGAAUACGCCAUUUACAUUUACUACAAAAUCGGUACACACCAUCGUCUAUAUGCAUAGCACCUUGCAGCGCAAAGGCUUGGCGAAUUGUGAAACGAGAUAAUUCCAAUUUGUGUGUACAUUUACGUGUUGAAUCAACUAAAGACGAAGAAGUCUUAAUACAGCCGGAGGCACCAGUUUACAGUAUCAUGUAUCAAACACCGAAAACACAGAUCAAUUCAACCGUUCUACUACGCACCGUCGAUGCAUAUAAAUCAACAUUGAACACAUACGGCCAUGAAAGUCUACCGCGCUUCAUCAGUUCGAAAUCGUUUCACACAAGAGCCGACAGUCUAUUGCUGUUGAUGGUCAGACAGUGUCCGCAUCUAACCAACUUGUUGGUACGCGAAAAAGUGUCUACAGCUACUGUACUACUGCUUGCCAGAACCGGGCACAAUUUACGUACAUUUUAUGUUCGACGAAAUGCAGUCAUCAUCCGAUGUGAUUGGCCACGGAAUCCGGAAUGGAGUGAGGAAUUUUAUCGAUGGUUGAAAGUUACAUCGCGAUCGUACGAGUUAACGGAAAGGGAGGUGUCGAAAAUUUUGGGGAAACAGUGGUCAAUGCUGUCAGAUAAACAGUUUCGCCGAGCUACAGUUAAUGUACGGGAUGGGUUGUGAUUGUAUUGUUGAAAUUAUUUAUUUUUGAAUUUAAUUUAUUUGUUAUCUACUACUUGAAGCUGUUACAAUAAAACGAUUAAGUUUUGUAAUGUU